AUGGAUGCUCCCAAAGAAGUUCAGCCUACAGGAGAGUUCAAGUGUCAGCUGUGUGGCUUAACAGCUCCAUAUAUGUACUAUGGGCAGAAGCCACCAAACACACACUCUAUUGUGAUAUUGGAAGAAAGCUAUGUCAUGAAGGAUCCUUUCACCCCUGACAAGGACAAAUUCCUCAUCCUUGGGUCUCACUGCAGUUUGUGUAGCAGAUCAGUGUGUGUUAGUACAGAAUGUAGUCUGUUCUACUCCAAACGGUUCUGUCUCCCCUGUGUGAAUGAAAACUUAAAGGCCUUUCCUUUGGAAAUACAGGAAGAUGUGAAUAAAAGGAAGCCCCAGCCAAAGUCCUUCCCCUGUAAAAAGAGGGAUACGAGAACAUAA